ACAUCGACGCCGGUCGCUGUAGAGAGCUAGCAGACCCCAAAGUACUACGACGUGCAACUACAAUGAACGGCUGGCUAGCGGCACUGCAUAACUCUCCGGCCUUCUCAGUGUGCGAAGUGAACUUGAUCGGACGGUGGAUGAACUGUGUUGUUUUGAAAUCAUCGUACCGUGUUUUUAACAUCUUGUUUAUUUACAUCGCGCGUUAAAUAACACUCCGGCGAUGUUUCUGAAUUUGGAUUAGUGCCUGCGCCUGCCGUGAUGUAGCCUGUUUAAAUACAUUUAAAAGACUAUUUCUACAGAACUGUUAUAAAAUGUUACGCAUACGUAGGACUCUGGUGCUGGGUGGUGUAUAUUGAUAUCCCUUGUGAAUUAAGUAAGUUCCAUUGCGGAUCGAAAUGUCUACGAAUACGGAUGUGUCAAAGAGAUGGACGAUGUUAGUGGUUGGUGGUACCUGGACUAUCGAUGUUUAAAGUGACAGUUGCCGAUGAGUGGGCCUGAGGAUCACUGCUGGUACCGCGUGCCCGACGAGGAUGGCCUCCAUGGCGCCAUCGGAGUCACCAGCAGAGUCUGCAGGCAGGCACGAGUCCGACCUUUACAUCAGACCUGGAUGGGUCGACGCGGACGUCGCUUUGCGCCAACUAGAUCAGGGCAAAGCGAGCGGAGAUCGCGGUAUUCUGUGGGUUCGUGGCCGAAUUCAGCGACAGCUGCGUACUCUGGGCGGCAUUGUCGAUACGCACGCUGGAAAGUUCCUCUUUGUAAGUAUCCUAGCGAUAGCGACAUUCUGUGUAGGGUUGAAAAGUAUGACUUUUCACUCCGACAUCGAGCUGCUAUGGGCGGACCCAUCAACAACGCCGGAUUCUCUUCCCUCAGAGAUGCUUUCCACACAUCAGAUGGUGAUACAGACUGGAACCGAUCCGGAUGUCGACCUUCUUCACCCCCAUGGCCUCCUUGAACACUUAACUUUAGUACAAAAAGCAACACAAGUCACUGUAACGAUGUUUGACAUCACUUGGCGUCUCAAAGACUUUUGCCAAUCCCCUAGCAUUCCAAAUUUUGAUGCUCACUAUAUCGAACAGAUAUUCGAAAAUAUGAUGCCGUGUUCAAUUGUUACGCCGUUGGAUUGUUUUUGGGAAGGCUCUAAAUUGCUAGGACCUGAUUACCCAGUUCCUAUAUCACAUGGAAUUGGAUCCCACGUCAAAUGGACCAACUUGAACCCCAGUGAAUUGGUUUCUCGUAUAAAACAAAAAGAAUCUCAGUUCGAUUAUCAGUCCUUGGAAGACUACCUAAAACGAGCAGGUAUAACUACGGGUUAUCAGGAAAAACCGUGCCUUAAUCCACUGGAUCCCGAAUGUCCAGCCACAGCUCCAAAUUAUAAUUCCACGCAACAAUUAGAUAUAGGGGUUCAACUAACUAGUGGAUGUUAUGGCUUCGCCGCCAAAUAUAUGCACUGGCCUGAAGAUUUAAUUGUCGGUGGUGUUAAAAAGAAUAAAUCUGGUCAUAUCAAAGAAGCCAAAGCUUUACAGACUGUCGUACAAUUAAUGGGCGAAAACGAACUUUAUGAAUUUUGGUCUGGACAUUAUAAGGUUCACCACAUAGGUUGGAAUAAAGACAAAGCUACUUUGGUUUUAAACGCUUGGCAGAAGAAAUUUGCAGAGGAAGUGGACCGUCUGUCAAUGAGUAAGAAACCAUCAUCUUCAUAUUUAUUUCUGACGUUUUCAACAGCAAACGUGAAUAGAUUACUAAAUGAAUGUUCUCGAGCCGAUAUAGUGAAAUUAGGUGUAGUUUUGGCUGUGGCGUGUGUGUACGGUUGGGUGACCAAUUCCGCAAUUGCAGCAUUAGGUAUCCUGGUCUUGGCGAGUUCAGCUGCAGCUGCUUUAGGAGUAUGCAGUUUGAUAGGACUACCAAUGAAUCUUUUAAGUACUCACGUGUUACCAUUCAUAAGCGUGGGACUAGCAAUGAGAGAAAUGUUCAUGAUGCUUUCAACGCACAUCAGAGAUCUUUCACCAUCAGAAGUGCUACAAAGGACUGGACCUAAUAUCAUUUCUGCCGCCUUUAUGAACUCGGCAGCUUUUUUAGCCGCAGCGGUAUUGCCCAUUCCUGCAUUACGCGUAUUUUGUUUACAAUGUGCUGUUAUGGUUGUUUUUCAUGGAGCUGCGUUGCUGAUAACAUUUCCUUCCAUUCUUGCCUUGCAACAGAGGUGCCGAAAAUCUGACGUUCCUUGUUUUCGCCCGGAAAAUAAAACAACGUCUCCCGCAAACAACAACAAUGAUGUGGAACAUGGAGCAAAUUUAUUAACAACAGAAUUAAUUUGCCAACGAAAGAAGAGUCUUAUAACAUGGUUUGUCACUCUUUACUUAACUCCCAGUCUAUUUAAACCUUUUGUUAAAGUUUUAAUUUGUUUAACUUAUGCAGUGCUUAUAAUUUUUUGUGUAUUUAAUGGACUGAAAUUAGAAUUUGAUGUUCGUUUAUCUACAUUUUUACCAAGAAAUACGCAAGAAUACAAAUAUUUAGAAGCCCAAAAUAAAUUUUUUGGAUUUUAUAAUUUUUAUUUAGUUACAACGGAACUGGAGUACCCCCUUUACCAAGAUCUUUUAUAUAAAUAUCAUUCCUCUUUAACAAAUGUUCCUUAUGUGCUUAAAGAUUCCAAUGGAGGACUUAAUAUGAAUGACUUUUGGUUAGCAAACUUUAGGGACUUUCUUAUAGAUCUCCAAGAGGAGUUUGAUCACAAUAGAAAUCAUAGUUGUGUGAAUAGUGAAAAGUGGUUUCCCAACGCCACUGAAAAAGCAGUAUUAGCUUUUAAAUUAUUAGCUCAGACUGGAAUAGUAGAAUUUCCAGUGGAUAAAAGUCAAAUUUUUAAGAAAAGACUGGUAAAUCGUGGUAUUAUAGAUCCCAAAGCAUUUUACAAUUAUUUGUCUGUAUGGAAUAGCAAUGAUCAGAUGUCUUAUUCUAGUUCUCAAGCAAAUUUAACUCCAAAACCAUUUCAGUACUAUAGUUCAAAAGCCGAAUUUGAUUUGAAAAUUCCUAAAUCACAACCACUUAUUUACGCUCAGAUGCCUUUCUACCUCAAGAAUUUAAAAAGUACCGGAAAUAUUAUAUCUACUCUCAGGCAAAUAAAAAGUAUCUCUGAAGAGUUUAACAAUGAAGGAUUGAAAAAUUAUCCCAUUGGACUUAUAUUUGCCUUUUUUAAUCAGUUCCUAUUACUGGAUCGUAUUUUAGGGUUUCAGUUCCUACUGACAAUUUUAGCUGUAGCGAUUGUCGCUUGUGUUCUUGUACAGUGGACUAAACUUUGGUGCGCCUUAUUUAGCACCAUCGCAUGCAUGCUGCUAUUGUGUCUUCUCAAUAUAAAUGCUAUAUGUGGAACAAUGGGGGCAUUACAUUUCAUAAUAGUAAGUCGAAAUAUAUUUUUGGAAUUGACGGGCUUUUUAUGUGCUUUAGGAAAUCGAGAACGACGAGUAAGGCUGUCACUAGAAAUUAACUCAGAACCAAUCGUGAAAGGUGAUUUAGGAUUUUUGAUAUGCGCUUCAGUGUUAGCCACUUCUCAGUUUGAAUUCAUUCACAAUCAUUUGUUUACAGUUAUAUUUAUUUCUUUUUGUGGUUCUGUGGCUAACUCAUUAGUGUUUUUUCCAUUACUUUUGGCCCUCGUGGGCCCUAAAGCCGAACUACAACCAACCGAACAUAGUGAUAGGAUAUCAACCCCACCUCCUCCAUCGCCGCCUCCAGCUCCCACAAGAACUACCACAUUUUCAAAACCUUCGAGGCGUAGCACUUCCGCCAAAGCUACCAGAGAGCCAAGUUUAACGACAAUAACUGAAGAAAGCUGUAAUCAGAGUAUUGUUGUUGAACCUCAAGUUACUGUAGAAUAUAGUAGUCCAGAAUCUAGUUCGAGUGGCCCAUACACUACCAAAGUAACUGCCACUGCUAAUAUAAAAGUAGAAUUAGUAGCCCCUGUAUAUAGGUCCAGUAAAUGUAACAAGUGUCAUAGGGCGUCUAAAUGCGACAGACGGAAACGUCAACAUGAGCACAAGCAACAGUGUCGUUGCUGUAAACCAGAUUCAGACAGUAGUGACAGUAAUACGGAAGCUGAACCAUGUCCCAGUAGCUAGCAUUUGGUUACCAUUUAAGGAAACUGUACAUUUGUUUAUAUUGAAUAUAUGUGUACCAUUUAAUUAUUUAUUUAAAACAAAAACCAUUUAAAUUAAAUAACUAUUUGUCGACGGUAUUAUUUAUAU